AUGUAUCUCCUCGGUGUGCACUUGGCGGAUCACAAGCUGGUCAGGAUCGCAUUGACAAAUUUCUACGGCAUUUCCUAUGACACUGCGAACCGGCUUUGCGCUCGUCUGUCCCUGCACGAUCGGGCGACCGUCUCGUCGCUCACGGAAUCGCAGAUCACUCAGCUCUCGGCAUACCUUUCCUCCCCCGGCUCGAUCCCGGCGCGCAAGCCCCAGGCGACACUCGGUCCCUUGGACCUCUCCUCCUCCUCCUCCUCUGCCGCUUCCAGCAGCAAUCCCUCCUCCGAUGUUCCGCGUCCGUCUAUGGAAGCGAACCCAUCACUCGACCCAUUGCGCCAGAUCAAAAUCGAAGCGGACCUGAAGCGCGUCCUGCACGCCAACAUCAAUCACCACCGCGACGUGGGAAGCUACCGCGGUAGGAGACACGCCGCGCAUCUGCCGGUGCGAGGGCAAAGGACCAGCACGAACGCGAAUAGUGCCAAGAAGCUCAAUCGGCUCGAAAGGAGAGGGUUCUGCACCGCGACAGCGCUUGUAGAGAUGGGACAACGGGAAAGCGGGGAACAUGUGUCGCUGGAGGAGCUGCUCAGGCCGUUGGCGCGCGUCAGGUUUGCAGAGGCAUUGGUGUGA